AUGGGUGAGUUAUUUACAACGCUGGCUAAACGUGGAGCAUGUCGUGCACCGCAUCAGUGGCCGCCAAUAUGCAACUGCCCAGAGUCGUCUUUUGGCCUGGUUGUGCCGCUGCCUCUAUUGUUCAGAAAUAUGUUCCUGUCAAAGUUUGAGUAUCAACUUGAAGGUGUGGUGGUUUCAGUGAGCGAAGGAAAACGUCCGGAGAAAAUGAUUACUAGUCUACCGGGGAAUAUACCAGCUCUAUGGCCCGGCGAUCUGAUAUCGUUCUACCGUGAGCAGUUUACAUCGGAUCUCAUCUACGAAGCGUUGCUAUAUGAAUCACGAAUGUGUGACACGGGGGACUAUGUGCUUGUCAACACCUUUGAAGAAUUGGAAGGAAGAGAGGCGGCAGCGGCGCUUUCCAUCAAAGGAUGUCCAUCUGUGUCAAUAGGCCCUGUAUUUCUCCCUAAUUUGUUAGGAGGGGAGAACUCGACGCUGAGCAACAUGUCUAUGUGGGAGGAAGACGAUAGCUGCUUGCACUGGCUCGACAAACAACGCCCGCGCUCUGUGUUGUAUGUAUCCUUUGGCAGCUUGGCCCUCAAAUCGCAAGAGCAGUUGGUUCUUCGCUCCGAUAUUGCUCAGAGGCAAGCUGCUGUUUUGCCCAAGGGAUUGGAAGCGAGAACCAAAGAUCGCGCCUUGUUUGUGAAAUGGACACCGCAAUUGAAGGUGCUUGCACAUCCUUCGGUGGGAGGAUUUCUGACGCACAGCGGGUGGAAUUCAACAUUGGAAAGCAUAAGCAUGGGAGUGCCCAUGAUUGGUUGGCCUUACUUCGCUGAUCAGUUCCUCAAUUGCAGAUUCGCCAAAGAUGUAUGGAAGGUCGGCUUAGAUUUUAAGGACGUGGACAUUGACGAUGGGAGGUUGGUGAGAAGAGAAGAGAUAAAGAGUGCAGUUGUGAGUGUGAUGGAGAGCGAGGAGUUGCAGAAGAAAGCCGCGGACCUCAAAGAGGCGGCAACGAAAGCAGUGAUGGCAGGAGGUUCUUCUUUUAACAACAUAAUCAGCUUCAUCAACGAUAUGUUCAAACAUGCUAAAUCGCAGUCUUCCGUGCACUGUGAGGAAACACGUGAAAAAGAUGGCAAUAUGCACUAG